AGUACGAAAGCGCUUGCGCCAGCUCUCAAUUCCUUGACCAAUGGAAGAAUAACAGGCAACUCAGCGCCCCAUAAACUUUUUCUCGGGCAUUUCCAGCGCCUAUUACCGCUUAAACGAGAUGCGGAUAUGAUACGCUGGUGAGAAGGUGAAGAAAAUAUAGUGAUCGUAAUUUAACUCUGACUUUUGUUGUUCUUAAGGGUGUUAACGUCAUAGAAUUUGUAUUUUAUUGUACAGUAUCAUUUUUUGUGGAACCUUUUUGACGGCAUUGAUGACAUCCAGAAAAUUGUAGCUAGUAAAGAAGGUGAUGUGGCUCUGUUUGAUGUUAAUAUCUGGAGUGGCGAUCUAUCAACAUGCAGAAGGACAUCCUUCCAUGCCUACAUUUGCAGGACCUGUUUCAAGUUUGACGGUUGCUAAAGGAAGGGAUGCCACAAUGAAAUGUGUAGUUGAUCAUUUAGGGGAUUAUAGGGUAGCUUGGGUUCACGUGGACAAGCAAACUUUACUUACAAUUCACACUCAUGUCAUCACUAGGAACAAACGCGUUUCCGUCUCUCACUACAAUUUCAGAACAUGGCUGUUACAUUUGAAAAGCGUGGAGCCCGAAGAUAGUGGAUACUAUAUGUGCCAAGUCAAUACUCAACCAAUGAUUAGUCAAGUUGGAUACUUAGAAAUAGUUGUACCUCCUGAAUUUGUAAAUGAAGUUAUCAAUAGAAACAUAUCAGUUGCAGAAAACGCCAAUAUUACUCUAUCCUGUAGAGCUACCGGAAAUCCCAUACCAAAGAUAAAGUGGAGGAGAGAAGACGGACAACCUAUCAUUAUUGGGCAGCAAAAAAUGGAUCUAUUUGAUGGAGAGGAAUUAAUUCUACGCAAAGUAUCUCGUCAAAGUAUGGGAGCGUAUUUGUGCAUAGCAUCCAAUGGUGUACCACCGGCCAUAAGUCGACGAAUGCACAUUGAUAUAACCUUUCCUCCCAUGAUCUGGAUCCCAAACCAGCUUGUUGGCGCAGCUGAAGGCAAUCCUAUUGCACUGGAAUGCAAUACUGAAGCGCACCCCGCUGCCACUAAUUUUUGGGUGAGGAAUGACCACGUCGUUGGUGCGUCCAGUGAAAAAUAUGAAACCUAUCAGAUUGUAAAUGGAUAUAAAGUUCACAUGAAGAUAGUGGUAAAGAAUCUAAAUAAAGAUGAUUUUGGUGUAUACAGAUGUGUAUCGAAAAAUGCUUUAGGAGAAACGGCUGGAUCCGUUAAUUUGUACAAAAUUAAAACAAGCACCCACAAUAUCAUUCCUCCAGUAUCAACUCCGCCAGAACAACCUAUAAUCAAUAUACUAGAAGAAACAGAGGAAGAAAAAUUAAGCAAAACAAGCAUGCAAGACAAUUUGUCAUUACAAGAACAAGAAACAGAAUUUAGCAUUGAACACAGUACAGAUUCAUCCAAUUCUACAAGUAUUCCCUGUGCAUCAGUUGAACCUGUCCUCAUUAUUGCACUACUACUUCAAAUACUUAAAUUUCAUGCAGACUACAUUUGAACUGAAAUAAAUGAACUAAUAUACGUGAUAUGAAAUAGUGAACUCUCAAGCCUCAGCUUUAAAAUUGUACAUAUGGAACUACAGAUCAAUUUAAGCCUUUAUAACCUAGGCACUGUCCCCCAUCAUAAAACUUAUGUCUAAUAUUUAAUUGAAAUUAUAUUGUUUCGUUUUGUUUUAGAUCUGAAUAAAUGACUUGUUUACAUUCAA